AUGGACGCCACGGACGUGCCCCUCCAGGCCGAGAUGGUGGAGCUGGUGCCCAACGGGAAGCAUGCGACCGCGCUCACCGCCUCCGCCGUCCCCUCGCUGGCAGGUGACAGGUUUGAGGAGAACCAGUCUGGCACAGCGGAGAUGGAGGAGUUCCUGCCCCAUGGCGCCGAGAAGAAGCAGACGCACUUCACCGAUUUUGAAGGGAAGACGUCUUUUGGGAUGUCCGUCUUCAACCUGAGCAAUGCCAUCAUGGGCAGCGGCAUCCUGGGGCUGGCCUAUGCCAUGGCCAACACCGGCAUCAUCCUCUUCCUCUUCCUCCUGACGGCGGUGGCCCUGCUCUCCAGCUACUCCAUCCACCUGCUGCUCAAGUCCUCGGGCAUCGUGGGCAUCCGCGCCUACGAGCAGCUGGGCUACCGAGCCUUCGGCACGCCGGGGAAGCUGGCUGCGGCCAUUGCCAUCACGCUGCAGAACAUCGGAGCCAUGUCCAGCUACCUGUACAUCGUCAAAUCCGAAGUGCCUCUCGUCAUCCAGACCUUCCUCAACCUGGAGGAGAAGACCACGGACUGGUACAUGAACGGGAACUACCUGGUGAUCCUGGUUUCCAUCACCAUUAUCCUGCCCCUGGCCCUCAUGAAGCAGCUGGGCUACCUCGGCUACGCCAGUGGCUUCUCCCUCAGCUGUAUGGGCUUCUUCCUCAUCUCGGUCAUCUACAAGAAGUUCCAGAUCCCCUGCCCGCUCCCCGAGCAGGAGGGGAACUUCACGGGCAGCCUCAACGUCACCCCUGUCAGCACCAGUGACUACCAGAAUGGCUACACCGUCCUCCAGGCGCCUGACCAGGGCACCUGCACCCCCAGCUUCUUCACCCUGAACUCCCAGACGGCAUACACCAUCCCCAUCAUGGCCUUCGCCUUCGUCUGCCACCCCGAGGUCCUGCCCAUCUACACCGAGUUGAAGAACCCCUCUAAGAAGAAGAUGCAGUGCAUCUCCAACAUCUCCAUCAUGGUCAUGUACCUCAUGUACUUCUUGGCCGCCCUCUUCGGCUACCUCACGUUCUACGGCCGGGUGGAGUCGGAGCUGCUGCACACGUACAACAAAGUGGACCCCUUCGACGUGCUCAUCCUGUGCGUGCGGGUGGCCGUGCUGACGGCUGUCACCCUCACCGUCCCCAUCGUCCUCUUCCCGGUGCGCCGGGCCAUCCAGCAGAUGCUGUUCCAAGGAAAGGACUUCAGCUGGAUCCGCCACGUCACCAUCGCCGUGGUCCUGCUGACCUUCAUCAACCUCUUGGUCAUCUUUGCCCCCUCCAUCCUUGGCAUCUUCGGCUUGAUCGGUGCCACCUCCGCUCCCUGCCUCAUCUUCAUCUUCCCCGCCAUCUUCUACAUCCGCAUCAUGCCCAAGGACAAGGAGCCACUGCGCUCCACCCCCAAAAUCUUGGCUGCCUGCUUCGCCCUCCUCGGGGUGCUCUUCAUGGUCAUGAGCUUGAGCUUCAUCAUCAUCGACUGGGCCACAGGUGGGGGGAAGAGCGGCGGCAGCCACUAG